GGCUGCAGGAGAAGAAGAAGUUGUGUACAUUUGCAGCUAGCAUGAUUCCUGAAGGCAGAGAGAGGAAUAUUAGUGCUUAAAUGGACAGAGGAGGGAUUGACCUUCUCCCGGGUUCCUUUCAGGGAUAAACACGGCUGACCUGUUGACUGAUUGGCUGGAUGGCUUUCUGCUGUCUGUUCAUCUCCGCCCUCCUCUUCGCGCUCUCCUCGGCUCAGUAUGAAUUCUUCACCUCCAUCAGUCAGAUGAACGACCUGCUGCUCUCAGAGAAAGCCCUGGUCGCCGCCCUGAAGGAGUACAUCCGAGCAGAGGACAACAAACUGCAGCGCAUUAAGAAGUGGGCGAACCAACUAGACAACAUCACUGCAGCUGCCACUCAGGACCCCGAAGGUUUUCUGGGGCAUCCGGUGAACGCCUACAAGCUGAUCAGGAGACUCAACACAGAGUGGGCGGAGAUUGAGAACCUGGUGCUCACUGAGUAUUCUGAAGCGUUCCGCAUUAACCUCACCGUCCAGAGGCAGUACUUCCCCAACGAUGAAGACCAGGUUGGAGCCGCCAGAGCCCUGAUGAGGCUGCAGGACGUGUACCAGCUUGAUACCAACACCAUCGCCGCUGGGAAGCUGCCAGGCUCCUCCCAUGACUCCAUCCUCUGCAGCAUCAUGACUGUCGACGACUGCUUUGACCUUGGGAAGGUGGCGUACUGGGACGGAGACUACUACCACACGGAGCUGUGGAUGGAGCAGGCGCUAAAACAGCUCGAUAAGGGGGAGAACUCCACCACAGUGGACGCCAUCACCAUCCUGGACUACCUGAGCUACUCUGUGUACCAGCUGGGGGCGCUGAGGAAGGCGCUGAAGUACACAAAGAGGCUGCUGAAGCUCGACCCGACCCACCAGCGAGCCAAUGGGAACGUGAAGUAUUUUGAGUAUCAGGUGAGUAAACUGACGAUGGAGGAGAAGAGCGGGCUAAAAGGGGAGAAGAGGAAAGGUCGAUCAGAGGGUAACCAGGAUAGGGAUAAAUAUGAGGCGCUGUGCCGUGGCGAGGGGACCCUGAUGACUCCUCAAAGGCAGAGCCGCCUUUUCUGCCGUUACUUCCACAACCACCAUCCGAGGUACAUCAUUGGUCCGGUGAAGGUUGAGGACGAGUGGGACAGCCCCCGCAUCGUCAGAUACCACGACAUCGUGUCCGACAGAGAGAUGGAGAAGGUCAAAGAGCUCGCCAAACCAAGACUCAGACGUGCCACAGUUAGUGACCCCAUUACAGGCGAAACUACUACAGCACAUUACCGAGUCUCCAAGAGCGCCUGGCUCGGAUCGCUUGAACACCCGGUGGUGGACCAGAUCAACCAACGGAUCCAAGACCUCACCGGGCUGGACGUCAGCACGGCAGAGGCCCUACAGGUGGCCAAUUACGGAGUAGGAGGGCAGUACGAGCCUCACUACGACUUUGGACGGAAAGACGAGCCAGAGGCUUUUGUGCAGUUGGGGACAGGAAACAGAAUCGCCACCUGGCUGCUUUAUAUGAGUGAUGUGUCAGCAGGGGGCGCCACAGUCUUCACUGAUGCCAGAUUUGCUAUUUGGCCCAAAAAGGGAACGGCGGUGUUCUGGUACAAUCUCUACCCCAGUGGAGACGGAGACUUCAGCACCAAGCAUGCUGCCUGUCCAGUUCUUGUUGGUAACAAGUGGGUCGCCAAUAAAUGGUUGCAUGAACGAGGGCAGGAGUUCAGGAGACGCUGUGGCCUCAAGGAGACAGACUGAUAGAUGCUCCUCCUGCAUCUUCCUCCUCAUCCUCCUCCUCCUCAGCAGACCAUCUCCACUGAAGCUGCUGUAAUGUGAUAAGACUCCUUGUUUUAAUCUGAGGAGUGACUGUGUGUUAAAACGCCUGGCUGUGUUUGACUGAUACCUCGUUUUAAGGGCGUUAAUCCAAACCAAGUUGCCUCUAUUUAUUUGAAUGAUCACACUGGAGACACAUCAGGAGUGUCUGAGUUCAAACAAUAAAAAUAUUUCUGCAGCUCUGAUUGGACAUUUUAGACUGUGAACCAAAUAAACACUGAAAUAUUUCUA